UUGUAACUGAGGGUUUUUUUUUCUCGGCUUUUGGUUUUCCUCCCGUUGCUACGUCCAACUGGGGAAUCACUGCUAUAAUUUUUUUCGCCGAGAAUUUCUUUUCAUCUUUCUGUAUCAGCACCAGCAGAAAAAAAAAGCAACCUCUCACUGCAGCUCGCGCUCCGCGGCCGCUCAAAACGCUCCGGCGAUGGCGAACGCCGCCGCUCCGGCGCCUCACCCGCCGCCGCCGUCGCAGGCGCAGCAGCAGCAGCAGCCCAACGAGCAGCAGAAGAAGGUGCUGGCCGUGAACGCGAUCCGCCUGAAGGCGAUCGGCGACCGCAUCAGGACCCACUUGCGCGGCAUGGGCGUCCUCCCCACCGCCGAGUUCGCCCACCUCGUCUACGCCUUAGCCAGAGGGAUUGACUUCGCCCUCUCGGCCGGUGAUGUUCCUGUGAUGGCCGUUGAGAUACCUAACAUUUUGAGGAAGGUAUAUGAGCUGAGGAAAGAGCCAUUUAUACAGUCUUCUAUGAUGGUACUAGUCAUAUCGUGCAAGAAUGCUUGUUUCAAUAAAUGGUUUCAACCGACAGAUUCCACAGACAUUCUCAGAAUGGCUAAGGAGUUCUCUGGCAGCUUCUGCACAUCCCUUGUCCAGGAAGAUAAUGAUAGCACUGUGCUUGGAAUUAUUUCAAAAAUAAUGGCAAGGUAUUAUCCUCAGCUGAAGUUUGAGCGCCUAGUCACUUCGAUGGAAGCAAGGGUUGGCUAUGAUAUAUUAAUGGCCGACUUCUUUAUUGAGAGGAACCUACCUCGAGAUGAAAAGAUUAGAUUAAUUGUUGCACAAAAGGAAAAUUUAGAUGCCUCAUCAUGUAUCACAAGCCCACCACAUGUGAGCUUUUUGGUCAAUGGAAAGGGUGUGGACAAGAGGACUAAUGUUUCAAUGGAAACGGGACCCCAGUUCCCCACUGAUAUCACCAAAAUGCUUAAAUAUGGGGCAAACAUUAUCCAAGCCGUUGGAUAUUUUAAUGCUAGCUAUAUCAUAGCUGUAGCAUUUGUAAACAAUUUGACAUCCUUCAGUGCUCCAAGACUCGAUGACUACACCCAACCUCUCACUGUUGAUUCUGCUGAUUCUGAUGUGCUUGAGGGACCAUCAAGAGUUUCUCUAAAUUGCCCCAUAAGUUUUAGGCGCAUAAAGACUCCUAUUAAAGGACGCCUUUGCAAGCACUAUCAGUGUUUUGAUUAUGAUAAUUACAUGGAGAUGAACUUGAGAAAGCCAACCUGGCGCUGUCCAUAUUGUAAUACCCCUUCAAACUUCAUUAACCUACGUAUUGAUCAAAAGAUGACCAAGGCAAGUUGUAUUUUGCACAUAUUUUUCAUCUCAUCACGUUUUUUAUGUGAUCUCCCUUUUCUUUUUUUAACUCAGAUACUACAAGAAACUGGAGAUGAUGUCAUCGAUGUCCUUGUGUUUGCUGAUGGAUCUUGGAAAGCCGCUCCAGCUCAUGAUGAGAAAUCAGAUAGACACACAGGUGAUACCAUUCAACAGACCGGAGAUACUGUGGAAACCAAUUCAUCUUCACCUGAUGUCAUAGAUCUGAUAAACGGGAGUGAUGAUGGUGAUCUGCCAAUGAAUUGGGCAUCGUCUUUAGAAGAUACGAAGCCUCUGUUGAAUAAUCAAGAUUUAUCUGUGGCAGACUAUCUUCCGGAUUUGCCUAUAAGCGCUCCUGCACAGACAGAGCAUUUGUAUCUAGGCGAUGGAAAUAACAGGGGUAGCAACAUGGCUUUGACUUCUCGUCAAAAUUUGUUACUGCCUUCUACUAGUGGACUGGGCUCAAGUUCAUUUGGAACCUUGGAAUCUAUUCUGCCUCAAAAUGUUCUGCGCCCUGUUAUCACAGAUGCUGUCUCUCCUUCUCUUGAAACCUCUAAUUCAACAUCUGGCGUGCAACAUGUUUUACAGGAAACACAUCCUGAAAUUGGACAGUUGCAACCACAGAUAGGUCCACUGCAUGGAUCAGAAGUGAGAAGGACUCCUAUACCUAGAAAUCCCAGGAAAGAACCAGUAGGAGUCCAGGCGUUGCCAGUGCCACCACAGAAUCUUGGGUCAUCCAGAAGGUUGCAGCCAAAUAUCCUCAGUUGUCCACCUCCUGUCCUGCUAUCUAGUCCAGCUACUUCAACUUACCAAGCACAUCAGGUGACAAAUCCAGACAGUGUCAUUGCUCCAAUGAGUAAUGGUGGUGGGCCAUUACCAAGGGCUCCCAGUGUCGCUAUACCGUUGCAUUCACAGUCAACAACGCUGGACAUGCACAACACGUCGAGCCUUCUGCCCAGUCGGGUUGUUGGCCUGCCUGCACCACACUUCAUGGGCAUGCGACCGUCGCCAGGAAUCCCAGGGCAGGCUGGAGGAGCCAACGCCUACAGAGCUACGCCUAUGCAACAGACUCCGAACCUCAAUCAGCUCAGGUUUCGCACACUAAUGAAUCAAACGGCACUAGCUGCAGUGGGCCAAACCACGGCAGCUGCACAGGUCCAACCAACCCAAGUGGACAUUCAAAGCCAUAUCUUUCCUGCGCAGCAAAGCCAGGCAUUGAGAUCGCAAGCAGUGCCCCGGGAAGCAACUCCACAAGCUGUACCGCGGGCACCUCCACAUCUGCAGUCUCCGAGUGUACCCACUGUUGCUCCGAGCACGCCUGAUGGUCUUCCAGAGCUCCCCGCGGAUGAAAACUGGCGCCCCACAGGUCAGAUGAGAGGGAGUCUGACAGGCAAUGCUUACAGUCAUGCAAUUGAACGCUAUUUGGGCCAGGCUGCUCAGCAGCAGAGUCAGGCUCGGCCUCCCAAUUCUUCAGAUGCACGAAGGCCUCACUAACCGUCAGACAUUGUGGUGUUCUAUUAGUCAUCAUGCAGGGGUUGCGUCUGCUAACUUAUCACGGAUGUUACUUGAAUUUUUUUUGCGGGUUUCUUAGAAUUCUGGUGAUAUGAGUUUAACGUAGGAAGGAGCUGUUCUGACCUGCCGCACUUCUUUGUAGCAGCCUCUGUCGUUAGCUGCAUAGCUUUGGACCAGUGCUGUAAAGGGAGCAACGCAUUAUGAUGUUAAGCGUCGGUAGGAUUUGCUAAUCUAUCUCUAGCUCUCGCACAUGUAUAGGUUUUCAUUUCUGUACUGGAGUGGGCAUGUCGGAUGAACGAAAGUUGGUAACCAUUUGAGUAGUAUCCAAUUAUACUUUUUUUAUGAAAGUAUUUCAAAGACAAA